AAGGUAGAUCUGUAUUAAGCAAUAAUACAUCAAAUACUAACGAAAGACAGACAAUAGAAAAUAAACUCGACAUACAGGUGAAUAAACGAUGUCACGUGUACUCGUUUGCCUCUCUGUGCUCUUCAUCCUCAGCAUCGCCGCUCAAUUUGGCGAUUGCGAAGACAAUGUCACCCAGCAACCCAACAUCGAAUGUGAUGAUAAAAAUAUUACACUUGGUGGCGAUAAAACUCGUAUAUCGUCUUUGGAAAAGUUACUGAUACCCAUGUUGAAAGACUCCGGAAAGAAUAAUUCGAAAAUUGAAGAUACAGGAUUCGGCAAAAUUCUACAAAAAUUUAAACGUUACGUUCGCUUCAUCUUACCAGGAACACGCUGGUGCGGCGAUGGAGAUAAAGCGCGUAACGAGGGCGAUCUCGGUUUUUUCGACAGAACAGACUCCUGUUGCAGAGAUCACGAUAAUUGCAAGAACGAUAUGAUGGCCGGCGACACGCAGGUCAAUAUCGAGAACAACGGUAUUUUCACGAGGUCUGCUUGUACUUGCGAUUUUGCGUUCUUCAAGUGUCUGGAAAAGGCCGACAGUCCAGUUGCCAACAAGAUUGGAUUCAUGUAUUUUAAUAUACUGCGACAGCAGUGUUUCCAGUGCAUAUGCCCGAUGAAAGAUUGCAACUUAGAAGACGAGACGGAAUGUAAGGACCACUGCACGAAGUACAAGUGGAUGGACAGUCCCAACUAUUCCAAAUCUAGUUUCCCUUGGUUCCCAAAUUGGUUGGGUUAACAGUCGCAACAGCCGCACGCGCGCAGAUUUACGAGUUUGAUGAAACAAAGGAAGAUUCAGUUAAUUUCAAAGAUGUGAUCUUAGGUAUAAAACUUUCAAGAUCUAUAAGAAUAUAAUAUUUAAAAAAAUACUUUCGCAAUUCUGCAAUUCUUGUAACAAUUUCAUGACUUUUUUUAUUAUUUGGCAAAAUUUACAAUUUUAUUUAGGACGCUUGAUUUAAAAGAAAAGCAAACAGUGAUUAGACUCUUGAAGUAAGAUGAGAGAAUACUAAUUAUACAUUUUGUAAAGCUCUUAUUGUGCACAAUGUACUCUAAAACUAUAUUUUAAUACAUGCACUGAUGCAUUGUAAUGCAGAUGCGAUAUGCAAUGUAAAUAAAGCGAUGACUUGAUGAUGUAA